AUGGCAUGGGAUGUGUGUACCUAUGCGAUGACUGCUGGUGCUUCAGGUGCAAGUGCUGCGAUCUCAUCAAAAUUUGCAUUUGGGCAUUAUGCCAUGGAAAAGGACUUUGUGGUGAGUUUUUGCCUAUCUUUCUUUAUACACCCGUUCCUUUUCGGGGUUACCUCCCAAGAAAUUUCCUCAGAUCGUUUACUUCGGGAUUCCCAAUGUAGAUAA